CUCUUAUCUUUCCCACAAGAAUUUCAUCCAUGGCUUCCCAAAUUCACUUUCUUCUUGUUCCGCUAAUGUCCCAAAGCCAUCUCAUUCCCUUCACAGACAUGGCCAAACUACUUGCACGCCGUGGCCUAAAGGUUACUAUUAUCCUUACACCCCUUAAUGCAGCCCGGCUCAACACAAUCCUUGAUCAAGCAAAAGCCUCCAACCUCAACAUUCAAUUCCUUUCACUACCGUUUCCUUGCCAACAAGCUGGCUUGCCUGAAGGGUGCGAGAACAUGGACACCCUCCCAUCUCCCGACUUAGUUCCACAAUUUUUUGAAGCAAGUAACAUGCUGCAAAAACCACUAGAGAAGUGGCUAGAAGAGUUAGAACAUUCUAGGCCUAGCUGCAUUAUUUCUGACAUAUGUCUUCCUUGGACCUCAGAUCUCUCUCGCAGGUUCAAGAUUCCAAGGUUUGUCUUCCAUGGAAUAUCUUGCUUCACUCUCUUGUGCUCUCACAACAUAUCUCGCUCCAAGGUGCUCGAGACACUCAAAUCUGACUCGGAGUCAUUUUUGGUGCCCAACAUGCCAGAUAGAACUGAAUUCACCAUGGCCCAGCUGCCUGAAACAAUGAAACAAAUUUCGGGUGACUUGAGUGAUCUUAUGGACCAAUUUAAAGCUGCUGAGCUUUCGGCACAAGGGAUAUUGGUGAACACUUUUGAAGAGUUGGAGCCAAGGUACGUUAAAGAAUACCAGAAAGUGGUUGAGAAGAUUUGGUGCAUCGGACCCUUAUCUUUAUGUAACAAGUCCUCCAUUGAUGAGCCGGAGUGCAUGAGGUGGCUCGAUUCAAUGAAGCUCAACUCUGUCAUUUACGUUUGUUUUGGUAGUCUCUGCCACUUGUUAGCUUCACAAUUAGUUGAGCUUGCUUUGGGCUUAGAAGCAUCCAACCGUCCAUUCAUUUGGGUUGUUAGGAAAGGAGAUUACUCUACAGAAUUAGAAAAAUGGUUAUUGGAAGAAAAGUUUGAAAAGAGGAUUGAAGGGAGGGGUCUUAUAAUUCGAGGAUGGGCGCCACAAGUUCCAAUAUUAUCCCAUCCAGCCAUUGGAGGGUUCUUAACGCACUGUGGAUGGAAUUCAACACUAGAAGGAAUAAGCGCCGGCUUGCCGAUGAUAACAUGGCCUAUGUUUGCUGAGCAGUUCUACAAUGAGAAGUUGCUUGCCCGAGUGUUGAGGAUUGGUGUGAGGGUGGGAGUCCAAGCUUGUGUGAAGCGGGGGGUAGAAGAGAAGCCUGGUGUGUUUGUGAAGAGGGAGGACGUAAAGAAGGCUAUAGAGCAGUUGAUGGAUGAAGGUGAGGAAGGAGAAGAAAGAAGAAAGAGAGCUAGAGAUCUUGGAGGGAUGGCUAAGAGGGCAGUUGAAGAAGGGGGAUCCUCUUACAUGAACGUGACAUCGUUGAUCCAACAUAUCAGGGAACAAGUCAGUCAUGAGGUAUCAAGCAAAUAAAAGGAAUUUCAAUUCCUCUAUGAUUUCUUAUAUAUACAGUACUCAUUUCCUCGUCUCUUUGGAAACUUGGACUGCCCUCAAUGGCCGCUAGGCCCGCUACCACCCGUUCGACGGGCAGUUUUCCAUCUAUAUUUAAUUAUCCCUUUUAGAUCUCCCCUUGACAGAGGAAAAGGCCCCUCUUGGUAGAUUUUUUGUAGCCUCCCUUUUGAUAGGCUAUUUGGUAAAAAAAAAAAAAAAAGGGUUCACAAGUACUGUAUGCCUCCUUUGCUCUGAAAAAAUAAAUA